UGAGCAAACGCUCCGUUUCGGAAAGAGUUUCACCAAAAAGAAGGGGGGGGGCGGGGGUGCAAAAACACAUCGUUUGCGUGCCAUUUGCGUUUGUCGCCUCCACAGCAAACAUUUAAAUUGAACGCAAGAUUUAUCCGGCCUGGCUGCCAGGACGACUUGUUAUGUGCACAUAUGAUGAUAUGUAUGUGAAGAAAGAGGUUAUAUCGAUUAAAAAAAUGGCGGUGUCCCAAAUGUCGGAUAUUGCUCUUCGCGUCUGAUGUAAUUCACGUGACGAGCGUGGGCUUCUUAACGCUUGCGAGCGACCUAGUUUCCCGAGGCGUGUUGCUGUACGCGGUUAGAUAUAUAAUUUGCAGAAUAUAACGGAAGGAGGCCUUGUUUUUGUCCCUAAAAGGCGAGCUGGAUCGACGCCAUUUUGGCUCUCGGGCAUCUCCCCCCUCGCGCUGCGGGUUUCUGAGCCACAAUGGCGACCUGUCUGUCGGGCGAUCUGCGCCGUGGCGUCGUCGGCUGUUAGAGCGGGGGAUGGGGACGCGCUGUUUUUGUGUUGCAUUCCUGCGGUGCGCGUGACCUCUGACCCCGUUGUUUGUGCCGUCGCCCCGAUCGCGCUCUCGCAUUCCACAGUGCGCGUUUCCUGCAGUAUGCCACAGGCGCUCGCAGCUGCUGCGGCUCGCUCGUGUUCGUGGUCCCACUCGUACUCGUGGGGGUGCUCGUGCGCCCAGCGCCUCUUCUUCUUGGUCGCGUGAGCCGAGCGGGGAGCGGCGGUCGACGCACGGUGGACAUUUUUUUUUUUCUUCUUCUUCUUGCAGCGCGCGGCGGAGCGCCUCGGCUUGUGUGACACCGAGCGGUUCGUAGACCGAGCGGCGCGGCGCAGGGACUUGGGAGCGAGACUCAGAGCGACUCGACUCGAGUGCGAGCAGCGGGAACGCGAGCGAUCAUCACGGUGCCCUGCCCUGCUGCGUGUCUGUGACAGACCGAGCCGUGUUUACAGACGAAGUCGAGGAGGACAAGGAAGGAGCAGCGCGAGGAGAUGAAGGACAAACAGAAGAGAAAGAAGGAGCGCACGUGGGCCGAGGCGGCGCGCAUGGUGCUAGAGAAUUUUUCCGAUGCCCCUAUGACACCCAAACAGAUACUGCAUGUCAUUCAGACCAAGGGUCUCAAGGAGAUGAGGAGUGGCACGGCACCCCUCGCCUGCCUGGUGACCAUGCUGCACUCCCAGGUCCGUGGUGACAGGGUCAAGAACAGCAUCUUCUUCAAGCUGCCUGGGCGCAUGAGCCUCUUCACACUUAAGAAGAACGCCCUCCAGUGGACGAAGGGACCCGCAGGAGCGGAACCUGCUGAAGCGGCCGGCGCUGCGACGGGGCCAGGAGCCGGAACUGGGGAAAGUGGCGAACAGGAAAGCUGCGAUUCGACCGAGACGACAGCCGCCAGCGGGGAGAACGACGCAUCUGUGGAUGAAACCUCAUCCAGUGCCUCAUGCUCCACAGAGCCCCAGCCUCGCCUGAGCCGCUCUUCACAGUCGAGCAGACAGAGGAAGAAGGCUGUGAUGAUGCCACGCGUUGUCCUCACGCCCCUCAAAGUCAACGGAGAGCAUGUCCCACCAGGACUCCCAGGGAAGCGCAGGGAAGGGUCGGGGGGGGCCUCGGGGUCCCGGCCCCCGCUGUGCAGCCGCUCCGAGCUGGGCUGGAGGCACGGCCAGCGCUUCAAGAGCAUGCGCGCCCUCCGUUCAGGGCCUAUGAAGAGAAGCCGAGGUGUGGAGGUGGACUUUGAGACGCCAGGCUCCAUCCUGGUGAACACCAACAUCCGUGCCCUCAUCAACACUCGCACCUUCGCUGCCUUCCCUCCUCACUAUCAGCAGCAACUGCUCAUGCUUCUCCCGGAAGUGGAUCGCCAGGUUGGCCCCGAUGGCCUGGCCCGUCUCAGCAGCUCAGCGCUCAACAACGAGUUUUUCACCCAUGCCUCUCAGAGCUGGAAGGAGAGGCUUGCUGAAGGUGAGUUCACCCACGAGAUGCAGGCACGCUUCCGCCAAGAGAUGGAGAAAGAAAAGAAGGUAGAGGCCUGGAAGGAGAAGUUCUUUGAGGAAUACCAUGGGCAAAAGUCUGGCUUGACCCAGGAGGAGUCCCUCAAGCUGACGAUGGACGACGGAGACGAUGUGGUGGGCAGGGAUGUGGCCGGCGAAACGCUAGCAGGGGCAACAACGGCUGCCACUGUGGCCCCCAAACGGCGCAGUGUAGGGCGGCGGCGGCGAGAUGGGCGCAUGCGCAGACGUUCUCGGGCCGACCUGAGGCGGCGGGCCCGGCGGCCGCUCUGCAAGGUGGCGCCGGCGACGGAGCCAACGGAAAAGCAGCUGUCCUCGGACACCUCAGCACCCACGCCCACCCCCUCGUCCACGUCGGAGGCCAGCGGUGCCCCCACAGAGGUUGUCCUCCAGACAGAGUCUGGAGCUGAGCUGCACGACAUCCCCACUUCCCCCGCUGUUGCCACGGAGCCGGAACCUGAAGUGUCCACCCGGCUGUCCCCAGAGGUGGCAGAGGUCUCCACGGUGUCCUCCUCGUCAGACUCACCCUCUCCUUCCUGCUCGUCCUCUCCCUCGUCGUCCUCGGAGAGACGGGGCUCCUUCACCACCGGAUCAGACGCGCCUGCCGCCGCCGCCAGCCCUCUGGACCAAGGUACCUCCUGCAUUAGUGGCGAUGCCUCGGCCAGCGCCAGCCGUGACAGCAGCCCAGCAACAAGCCCAGCCAGCCCCGUGGCGCCGGCCAAGGAGCAGAAGAGGAGGGCCGAGGAGCCCCAGGGCCACAGCAGCUUUCCCGAGAAGAGGCCGCGUCUCGAUGACCGUCAGUCCUUUCGUAACACAGUUGACUGUGUUCACUCCGAAAAGCCCCAGCCCACAACGGAAGAACCCAAGGUCCCACCGAUCCGGAUUCAGCUCUCCCGAAUCAAACCGCCGUGGGUUAAGGGUCCGCCAACCUACCAGAUCUGUCCCCGCAUUGUGCCCCCCGGCGAGGGCUCCCGUCGCUGCGGCACCGGCGCUCGCACCCUGGCCGACAUCAAGGCUCGUGCUCAGCAGGCCCGAGCCCAGCGUGAGGCCGCUGCUGCUGUUGCAGCCACUGGGGACGGGGCAGGGCCGGGCGGGGCAGGCCCGGGGGGCGGUGCUGGAGUAUCGGAUCGCGGCAGCACCAGCCGGCGCACCAGAGAGCACCCGGGCCCCGUCGAACCUGGAGGGGCGGGGGGCGGCGGGGGAGGAAGAGCGAGCCACCCGGAGGAGCAGGGAGUGGCUCCGCACACUCAUCAUCCAGGAACACAACUACAGCUGCCCUCUGUAGAGCUCACAGCUCCGCCCUCUUCACAGCCAUGCCCAGAGACACUGUGUGAUGCUCCAGCAGAGGGAGGCCCUGAGGUGACCUUGCCGGAAGAGGUGUCCGUGUCUACAGGAGAGCUCAGCCCCCUGGGCGCCACCUUGGACACGCCAGCGCUGUCAGGCAUCGAAACAGAGGCGGGGACAUCCCCAGAUGAGGAGGCUGAGGAAGGCGAUGCCCAGGACUCCUCAUGUGACCCCAUCCCUGAGUGCAGGGCAGUCAUCUUGUCGGGCAGCCAGAGCAGCUCGGGUGCACUGCCUCUCCUGGCACCCACCUCCAUCCCAGACACACUACCCAGGUUUGGAGCCCGUGGUGUGGAUGUCAUAAGGACUCUAGCCUCCGUUCAGCCCUCGGAAGGGGAGAACGCUGGUGACAAGCUACCGGAGGGCAGCAUGGCUCAUAGCUCUGUGGGUGCGGUUUCGGACGAUUGUCAGCAGAAGCCAGAGUCCAAGGAGACAUCUCCUAAGCUCAGUAAUGGAAGGAGUGAGGAAGAGAGCGAUGAGGAAGGAGCCCCGGAGCUGUGUGGCCCAGAAGCAGCUCUUCCCGCUCCAGUGGACUGCCAGGUCGGUCCCGGGCCACCGCAGCUUCCCAGUAGUGUUGAUGAGGACCUGGGCAGGGACAGCGACUCCACAGAGACCGCCUCGGACUUCGAGAACGAGACCAAUGAGGACUCGAGUGACUGGUGCCUGGAGUCGAAUUCAAAGAAGGUCCAUGUUGUAAUGGCCGGCCCAGUUGUGGCCCUUUCUUCAAAGGCUGAUGAUGGAGUCGGCUACACCCAAAACCCCGCCCACAACCAGCCUCAACUGUCAGAUGCCCCUCAGAGCCAGCCAGUCAAUCAGGCCCACUCUCCGAGCGCCACCCGUAGCCAGUUAAUAAGCCAGGCCCAUCAUGCGAGCCCCCCGCUGAAGCAGGCAGCCAUUGCUGCCCUCAGCCAGCCUGUGCAGAGCCCUCCCCAGAAUCGGGCUGUGGUGCCGGCCCACCUUCAGCUGGAGAGGAACCAGAUUGCCCCCGUGGUGCUGAAGGCCGGAGACGCUGACAGUUCAUGGAGUAGAGCCGACGCAGACGAAUGCAGGACCCAGGGGAAAGUUCCCGUGCCCCCCACUGAGGACUGCAGGGCCUCGCUGAGACUGACCAGUACCGCUAGCGCCCCCAGGAAGGUCGUCAGCUCCGUGCGGCCGCUUUCCUCUGUAGAGGCCAACAACCCGCUGGUGACGCAGCUGCUGCAGGGGAGCCUGCCCCUGGAGAAGGUGCUGCCCCAGCCCCACUCGGGCAGCAAGCUGGAGAUCAGCCGCCUGCCGGCCACUGUGCCGGCAGCAGGUCUUCCCCAACUGCAGCCCCACAGUACCGCCCGGCUGGAGCCAGGCCGCCAUCCCAGCGGGCAAACCAGGAACCCGGUGCUCCGGCCUCGGGGUGCACCCAGUCCUCCGGAGUCACUUGGCCCCGAAACGUUCCCCGAGCUAUUGGCUCAGAGUCACAUCAAGACUCCAGUGUCCCGUGCCUCCUCCGCAAUGGGGCGGAGCUGUGGCUCAGCCCCUCCCCCUCCAGCACCUAGGUCGCUGCAGCUGCAGGAACAGCGGCGUGAUGUGUCGCAGCACAUUGCCGCGGUGGGGGCGGUGCCUGUGAUCACGGCACUUUCAUCCUCCCGGCGGGCCUCAGACUUCAACCAGAACACGGCCUUUGAUCCCGCACCGGUCAAGGAGCCAUCUGCAACGGAGCCACCCCAAGACGGCGUCCCAGAGAGACCCCAUGGCCAGCCACACCCGAGCACGUCACAGCCGCACUGCCGUGCUGUGGCAGAGACUCCUUCCCCACCGCACGGGGACCUGUGCCCCUCGGAGGUUGUCCCCACCGUUAAGAUCGAUUGGCGGCCCAAACCGAGCCCCCAGUUGUCCCCUGCGCCGGCACCUACCGUCAAGAACGAAGCAGCACGACCCUCCUGUCAGGCCCUCGCCAAGAGCGCCGCUUCCGUCAUCACCAAAAAAGAGCCGCAGAACUGUGCGGAAUUGCGCGAUCCCUUCCCGGGGGCACCAGGGGGCGCUAUGGAGAGCCUGCGCAACAUGGAGAUGUCCCUGGUGCGGAUGGCUAAGAAGGAGCAGGGCAAAGCGUACGCACGGCCCACGGACUCCACCUCGCCGUCCUCCUCGGUGCCCUUCCAGGUGAGCCUACAGCAGCAGCUCUACGGCAAGCUGCCCAAGCUGCCCCCUGGUGGCGGGAGCGGUGGAACUUUCAGCUACACGGCCAAUGUGUCGGUCGUGGACGGCAGCGGCUUUUCGCGCAACAUCGCAGACGGCGUCCUGCAGCUGCGGCAGCGUGCCGGUUCCGGCGCCUCGCUCAGCAUCCAGGCGUUCGCGGAAAGCACGGCCGACGAAGUGGCGCUCAAGUGCUCCUGCAGACUCAAGGCCAUGAUCAUGUGCCAGGGCUGCGGCGCCUUCUGCCACGACGACUGCAUCGGGCCCUCCAAACUGUGCGUGUCCUGCCUUGUGGUCAGAUAGUACCCCUCAGGCAAUGUGCCCACGUUGCCCCGCGCCUUGGUGGAUAGGGCGGGGCACAGGAAAUAUCGUCUUGUAUGAUAAAAUCGGUCUGUAUUUUUGUUGCAUAUUUUUUCUAAAUCUGUUAUGGUUGUUGAUGUUAUGUGAAUUUAUAGGGCAUGAUUGCUUAUAAAUCGUGCCUUUCUUUGAGUUUCAUUAUUAUUAUUAUUAUUAUUAUUAUUAUUAUUAUUGUUGUUGUUAUUAUUGUUAUUAUUCACAAUAACAUUUACCUCAUCUCCUCCGACACCAUCAGUGUUGCGUCGGUCGCGGUCGUUCCCUCUUCUCCAGUUCAGCUUCAGUGCACUUUGCACGUUGGGGAGAUUUGUGUGUCUUUGUCUCACAAAGAAAUAUUUUUUUAUUCAUUAAACAAGUGAAUUACGUUUAGUUUUUCUAAGUCCUUUCGUUUGCCUUUAUUUUGGAGCUACAUCUGUAUUGGGCAGUAAAGCACAGUAUUCUAAUAAACCUGGCAUUGAGCC